CUAAAAACAAAUAAAAGUACAUUCAGUAUUUUGUCAAUGUUAGAAUGUAACGCCAGAUCUGUGACUCGAUGUGCCUGUCAGUAAUGCAAUCCAAGACAGGCCAUUUUUUUAAGUUUCAAGUUUCCACUGUGUCAUGAUUGUGCUAGAGUUUGCAGAGAGGCCAAGGUAGAUGGAUUAUCAGCAGAACGCUGGCAAACUCCCCAAACUACAGUACCUUGAUUUAGAUUGGUAUUUAUAUUCGACGAAACAGUUGAUGCCUUCAAAAAAGCUGGUCUUUUCUUGUUGGACCGGCUGAUAGGCCAUCGUUGUCCAUACCUCUAUGGAAACUGUCUUCUGCUGACAGGACAAAAUCAUGACUUGUUCCACGUUUCCAUGCCUUCCGGGCCAAAACAGACCUCCUCACAAACAAGAUGGCCCGUGGUCCUGGGUCGUGCUGUUGAGUUCAGUGAUACAAAACUGGCUCGGCCCUGGGUUUGCGCGAAGCUUUGGGGUGUUUCUUCCAGUGCUAAUGAAAGAAUUUAACGAAGGGAGAGAUAAAAUAGCACUGAUUGGUUCUGUUUCAUCCGGAACGACGUUCCUCAUGACUGUUUUCACAAGUUGGCUUUGCGGCCAUUUUGGAGGUCAGCUCAUUUGUGGACUAGGUUUCGUCAUCAUGAUAGUAAGCCUGAUUCUCUCAUCUCUCAUAUACAACGUGAACGCCAUGUUCUUCACCUUUAGUCUGUUAUUGGCGUUCGGACUCAGUUUUGUAGUCACGUCAAAUAUUUUGUUUACCGUGAAGUACUUUAAGAAGCGACGUUCUCUGGCGUUGGGUGUUAAUAGUGCUGGUGUUGGGGUUGGAGUCAUGACAGUACCGAUCAUCAUGCAAUACCUCUUGGAUGUACUUGGAUGGAGGAAUUUAUAUCGUGUUCUCAGUGGCACCUUUGUCUUAUUUGGUUUCACGGCUUUGGUCUUCGAUCCAAAUGUCGAGGAAGAAUCGCAUGACGGGAAUGAGGAAACCGCUGACUCCCCAAAUCAAACACGCGUAAAAAAAGUUUUCAGCUUGCGCAGCAUGUUUGACUUGUCCGUGUGGAAAGUACCCAAAUUUACAAUUUCCGUUAUUUCGAUUGCGAUAGCUUCAUUUGGAGUCUAUAAUCCAGUCUUUCAUUUGGUAAAAUUCUCAGAAGAAAUAGGAAUAUCAGCAGCAAAAGCCUCAACGCUCUAUACCUUUCUAGGGCUGACUUCCAUUAUCUCACGGGUCAUCAGCGGUCGUUUGUCUGACUUCUCAAGAAUCGAUCCAAGCCUUGUCAACAUGUCUGCUGAGAUUCUUGGUGCUGUCGGUCUCUUCGUUCUUCCUUUUGCCAAGACAUAUGGUCACAUGGUGGCAUUUACUUGUGUACACGGUCUUGUUGAUGGCACGUUUCGCACAACCACCACCGUUCUUCUUACUAGUAGUGUUAUUCAAUCCAAAGCGUCGUCUGCAUUUGGUCAAGGUUAUUCAAUGACGGCACCGUUUUUUGUGGCUGGUCCAGCUGUGGCUGGACUACUAGCUGAUACCUCGGGGACCUACAAAUCCGCCUUUUUCAUGAGUGGAGUUGUUCUCUUAGUGGCUGCAGCAAUCCAUAUUAUACCGGCAUGCAUUGCGCUAAGAAACAGAACACGUGAAAUUUGCUUGGAACCUGCUUUUAAGGAAACGAUCCCCUUACCAUGUGUUAGCACUGCUUAUCGUGAAAGAACAGAAAGUUUGAAGAAGAAUGAUUUCUCACAAGUGAAUGUUGCCUUUGAUGGAUAAUAAUACAAUUUACAUCGUAUCGGCCCGAUAUCCUGACUUGUAUGAUUCUUAAAACAAAAGAAUUUCUCAUUGCGUGCUCAACUGUAAUACAGCUAAUUUGUAUUUGAAUUAAUUUACAUGGAUUUGGCGUGCAAAAAACUUAUGACAUUGCAUGUUUAUAGUCGGGUUCAAAACGUACUAGAAGCACGGAACCGGCUCAGAYCGAAAGAAUGCUGAGAAAUAACAUAAAUAUCUUCUCGUUAUCUAUUAUUUGCGACACACAGUCGUGUUGAUAAUCUUUAAUGAGGGAAACCUACUCACUAAGCGUGGUUUUCAGUAGUGCCCAGUCGAUAUGAAACAAGUGUUAAAAGUCUACAUGUUCUCUUUCAGUACAAUGGACUCUCAAAAAUGUCUCGAAUGCGAGACUAAUAUGAAAAUACAAAAGAAAGCACCCUUUUACUUGAUGGAAUUUGUGGCAUUUCUUUUGUAUUUGCAAGCCUCGCAUGAGAAACUAGGGUUCAUUUAUGAAUAUCCCACGAGUUGUAUCUUUAGGUGAUCAAACGAUGAUUUUGAGUUUCCCUGCUAGCAAAGCCUAUUUUCUUUUGUUUUGGUGGAGUGAGGAAAAUAGACUCUGACGAUGUAGGACGUUAUACUUGUCGCGCCUGCGUGGCGUAACUUAGCAACGCUGUCAUGAUUUUGACUGCCGCUCUCGUCAAACAACGUUUGGCGCCACGGUGUGUUACAUUUGCUCAUGCGCACUACAUGUACCCGGUUAAAAACCGGUUUUAUUCAUUUAAACUGGUUUUGUUCGUCCACAAUCGUGGACGGCGGUGUAUCAAAGGAAUCGCUCUACAUCGGCAGAGUCUCUUUCCUCCCCGCCUAAAAGAAUGGGAAAAACCUUACGCCCAAGCUAUUAAAAUGUUUUAUUAUAUGA